AUGAGUGGACUCGGCGAGAUCCCCGGCGUGCUGAACGUGCUGCUCCUCGACUCCGACGGCAAGCGCGUGGCGGUCAAGUACUACGACCAGAAGAUGAAGACCCUGGCGCAGCAGAUGAAGUUCGAGAAGGAGGUCUUCACCAAGACCCAGCGCAACAACGCGCGCGGCGAGGCGGAGAUCGCGCUCCUCGACCACCACGUCGUCGUGUACAAGUUCUGCGCGGACCUGCACUUCUUCGUCACCGCGCACGUGGACGAGAACGAGAUCAUCGUCGCCACCGUGCUGAACGCGUUCUUCGACGCGGUGUCUCUGCUGCUAAGGGGGGUCGUGGAGAAGCGCGCGGCGCUGGAGAACCUCGACCUCGUCCUGCUGACCAUCGACGAGUUGAUCGACGGCGGCAUCAUCCUCGAGACGGAUCCCAACGCCAUCGCCAACAGGGUGACCAUGCGUGGCUGCGAGAGUGAGGCCACGCCGCUGGCCGAGCAGAGCCUAUCGAGCGCGCUCGCCAUCGCGAGGGAGCAGCUCACGCGCAACCUCCUUAGAUAG